CUAUUGUUUUUCAGUUUCUUCUGACAUGCCAACUCGAGGUCUACAAGUUUAAUCUGCCAAAAAAGCAAGAACAAACUGUACGUUGUUUAUAAUCCUCUAAACUAACUACUUACAUGAAUGGACUUCUUUAACGUUAUUAAAAGAAUGGAUUCAAUUUCCAUUCAACCUUUCUUGUUCAUCAUCAUUUUCUUUUCUUUUCAACCAUCAAUAAGCCUAGAAAUUUGUUCUACCCUAUGCGGAUCUCAAACUAUUCGCUUCCCUUUCAGGCUUAUAGACCAGCCCCAAUACUGCGGCUAUCAAGACUUUGAACUCUCUUGCCAAGUCCAGGAGACGACACAAGACGUAACCAUCCUCACUUUCCCAUAUGCCGGUAACUUCAGCGUCUUCCAUAUCGAUUACGCCCAACAAGUAGUGCAACUCAGCUACUCGGAAGGGUGCCUCCCGGGAAUUCUUCUUCAGGGUCUUAAUCUCUCAGGCUCUCCUUUUAUGUCAGUAAACACUCAAAGCUACACUUUUUACAACUGUUCAACUAUGGUGCAAUAUCCUGGAGUAACAAAAAUUCCAUGUCUUAGCGGGUUCAACUUUUAUGUCGUUGCUAUACUGACGGAUGGUUAUACCCCAUCGACGUCGGUGUGUUUGGAGAUAGCAAAGGUUAUGGUCCCAAUGUCAACAGAUUGGUGGGAGGACGGUAUGACUUUGGGGUGGAACCAACCUGAUUGCCGGUGGUGUGAAAGCCAUCAAGGAACUUGCCUAUUCGAGAAUGUUGGUGCAGGCUUGCAGGUCAGAUGCGGCAGUGCUAUUAAACACGGGCUUCCAUCAAGUGUUAGAGAUGCCUUGGUUUUCGGCUUGGAAAUAUCCCUUGUGUGCCUCAUCGCGAUUAUAAGUUGCGUAAAACUCAACUUUACCGAGGGACAGAACCACCCCAACCCCGAAAUCCUCAUGACCCACCCUCGAUCAACUCCAGGUUCAACAAAAGGCCUUGAUAGACAAACAAUUGACACAUACCCUACAACUUUGCUUGGUCCAAGCCGAUGCCUACCCAAUCCGAGAGACAACAUCUGCUCCAUAUGCCUAUGCGAAUACCAAGCCAAUGAGACGUUAAGAACUAUCCCUAAUUGCAGCCAUUAUUUUCAUGUCGAUUGUAUAGACCAGUGGCUUAAACUAAAUGCAACAUGUCCCGUAUGUCGCGAUAAGUUUGAGGAGCCUCCUCCUGUCGCUCCUACAUUAUCAUCACUCAUGCCAGUGGUUGCCUUUUUUACUUUAAUAUAUGUGCUUUAAAUGUUGUCAAUUAAUAUUCCUUUGGGUUAAAUGGAGACUUAAUUGUUGCUCUAUAUCUUCACUUAUCAUUUAUAAAA